GUGUGUGCAGCCAUGGCCGCUCCACCCAUAAAAUAGAAGAAAAAUAGCGAAAGAAAGGAAAACCAGGUGCUCCAAUGGCGACACCAAAACCUUCAUUUCUUCUUCAUCUUCUUCUUCUUCUACCUUUCCUCCCCACUGAUCACCACCCCCCUUUAAUAGCCUCUUAAAAUUUCACCCCAAUCUUUAUUUUUUCUUUCUCCUUCUGUUUGAUCUUUUUCUUUCUUUUUCAUCUAAACCCAAUUGAGCAGUCAUGGCUAUCUGCAUCACUGCAAUCCUUUCAUGGAUUCCUUACCCUAAUGUGAAAAAACCCAUUUCUUUUUAUUCUCUUUAUUGUUGAUUUCUGCUCUUUUGGUUCUGGGAAUCCGGUCAUUGAUGGUCAUGGAGGAGCAGCAAGAGAAGAAACCAGAGUUUGGCCGGCAGACGAGCGAGGCAACGAGGAAUAUUUUGUUCGGAAAGUAUGAGAUGGGGAGGGUAUUAGGACAAGGUACUUUCGCCAAGGUCUUCUUUGGUAAGCAACUCAAAACAGGGGAGAGCGUCGCCAUUAAAGUACUCAAUAAAGAUCAGGUGAAGAAAGAAGGUCUAAUGGAGCAGAUCAAGCGUGAGAUCUCUGUUAUGGGUCUGGUCCGGCAUCCAAACGUUGUGGAGCUCAAAGAAGUCAUGGCUACCAAAGGUAAGAUAUUCGUCGUCAUGGAAUACGUUCGAGGUGGAGAGCUUUUUGCAAAAGUCGCAAAGGGGAAAGUUAAAGAAGACAUCGCUCGUAAGUACUUUCAGCAAUUGAUUAGUGUUAUCGAUUAUUGCCAUAGCAGAGGUGUCUCUCAUCGUGAUCUUAAGCCAGAAAAUCUCCUCCUCGAUGAAAGCGAGAACCUCAAGGUCUCUGAUUUUGGGCUUUCUGCGUUACCAGAGCAGCUCCGUCACGAUGGUAUGCUUCACACACAGUGUGGAACCCCUGCUUAUGUUGCUCCAGAGGUCUUGAGGAAGAGAGGCUACGAUGGAUCCAAGGCUGAUAUCUGGUCUUGUGGAGUCAUUCUUUAUGUCCUCCUCGCCGGAUUCCUCCCUUUUCAGGACGAAAAUAUAAUGAAGAUGUAUCGAAAGGUGUUCAGAGCAGAGUACGAGUUCCCUCCAUGGUUCUCCACUGAUACCAAGCGGUUGAUCUCAAAGCUACUGGUUGCAGAUCCAGACAAGCGGAUCACGAUUCCGGAGAUAAUGCGAACACCCUGGUUCAAGAAAGGGUUUACCCGUCCGAUCCCGAUCUCUACUGAAGAACUAUCGCCCGAGAAAUCUCCUCCGCCGUCGCCGACGGAGGAGGGGGCCAUUAUUAAGCCUCCCCUGAAGCCUUCUCCGAAAUUCUUCAAUGCUUUCGAGUUUAUAUCAUCGAUGGCAUCUGGGUUUGAUCUGUCGAGCAUGUUUGAGAAUAAAAGGAAAGCGGGGUCGAUGUUUACGUCCAAAUCCUCUGCUUCUUCGAUCAUGGCGAAACUGGAAACGGUGGUGAAAGGGUUGAAGUUUCAGAUAACGAAGGUAAAGGAUUUCAAGAUGAAAAUGCAGGGUGUGGAGGAAGGGCGUAAAGGGAAACUUUCAGUGACGGCGGAGGUGUUCGAAGUGGCUCCUGGUGUGGCCAUUGUUGAGUUGUCAAAGUCGGCCGGAGACUCACUUGAGUAUGCAAAGUUCUGCCAGGAAGAUGUUAGGCCUGCACUCAAAGACAUAGUUUGGAGCUGGCAAGGUGAUAACUACAACUGCAACAACAAGGAUCAACCACAUCAACUUCAACAGUUACAAUUACAUCAGCAGCAGGAGAUUAACUAAACAAUAAUCAAACACUAAGCCCUAAACCUGUUUAGGGUUCUCAAAUUUUCCACUUUCUUUUUCCUUGUUUCCUUUUUUUUUUUUUUUUUUUUCCUUGUUUCCUUUUCAUUUUGUCAUCCAUAAUUUUUUUUUGGUUUUUUUUUCUGAGUUUUGACUUUGUAAAUAGAAUGUUGUGGAUCUUGAUUUAGUAGAAAUUGAAAUAUACAGUUAUGGGUGUGCA